UCGCCGAGAACGUUCGCGUGAGAGACUGCGGUUGCUACCGUAAUGUAUCCCGGCUGGGGCCGCUAUGGCUCGUAUCCUACCCCCAGCGCCACCCCCGCCCCUCCACCUGCCCCUCCAGCCGUUGGCCCGCCGCCUCCCCCCAGCACCUUCCAGAGCUUCCGAGACCAGCACCUGGCCCAACUCGAGCAGCUUCAGCGGAUGCACCAGCGACAGCUCGAGACCGUGUUACCGGCCGGGGGACCGCCUCCGGCCCCCGCAGCAUUCCCCCCUCCUGCCUUUGGUAAGCGGCCUUUCUACGGACCCAGACAGCCCUAUACCUACCCGCCGCCCCCCUAUGGCCAGAGCCUUCCUCCCCCCGGAUACCCAGCCUAUCCUCCCCCUGAGAGCUCUGGACAGCAUCCUCCCCCGGACCCGUCUCAUCCUCCGCCUCCUCCUGGACCGGCUCCCGAACUUGCACAGCCUCCACCUCCUCCUGGGCCGGCACAGCCUCCCGAACCUGCUCAGCCGCCUCCUCCUCCUCCUCCCUCGGGACCGAUUCACCCUCCCCCAUCAGAGGAGCUUCCACAGGCAACUGAGACUGAUAACUCCCAAGACAAAGGGCCACCAGACACCUCGCUGGAGGAGCAACAUCAGUUUUGGUAUAAGCAACACCUGCUGAGUCUGCAGAAAAAAGCAAAGGUUCGCCAAAAGGAGGCAACGGCCCCGGAUGGCCCUCCAGAGGCGCCUCAGGACAGUGGUAGCCAUGUCUCUGCCAGUUUUCCUCCUCCACCACCUGUUCAUGAGCUGAAGAACGAGGUCCAGCCGCCUUUACCACUAGAAGAUGUCAAACCAAAUGUGGAUCCACCAGAGGACCCUGAGCAGGCGCAGCGGCUCAAAACGCUGCAAGAGGCCGCGGCCCAUUGGCAACAGCAUGAACAGCACAGGCUUGGCUUCCAGUACCAGGGAAUCAUGCAGAAGAAUGCCACGUUGCAGCAGCUCCUACAGCGAUAUCAGCAGGUCACCCAGCAGCCACCACACCUAGCGGCCAUGACCGUAGAUGUCCAGUUACAGCAUUUUGAGAUGCAGCAGAAGCAGUUCCUGUCCCUGCACCAGGAGUGGGAGAACCAGUAUAAAAAAUGGCAAGAGUUGCUGCAGACGUACCCCCACAAGGACCAGCUCCAGGACUACCAAGUGCAGUGGAAAUCGUGGCAUGAGCAAAUGAAAACCACAAAAUCAUAUUUUAAGGAAAGGGUGACUUCUCUGAAAAGUAUGAAGCAGCAGUAUGGAGGCAGCCACUAUAUUGGGGGCGUCCCCAUGAUUCCUGCGUAUCCUGCAUAUCCCCCUGUGAUGCCCCCACCGGUGCCACCGCCGCUCCCGGCUGGAAUGAGUGUCCCGCCACCUUUUGCUGCUCCUGCUUCCUCACUUUUCAGUGCUGCGCCCCCGCUUCCUCCUCCCAUGACGCCAACUCCCUUUGCUGAAGUGCCUCCCCCGCUACCCCCUGUCACAUCCAACUCCUAUGGUGAAGUUCCUCCACCGCCAGUGACUUAUGCAGAGGUUCCUCCUCCCCCUCCAGUAACAGCAACACCUUAUGAUAACAUUCCCCCACCUCUGCCACCUGAUUCGUAUUCCGAGCUGCCCCAGCCACCUCCGCCACCUGUCGCAUCUGCCGUGAGUAGUGCCGUGCCUCCGGACACAUCAUAUUCCUACUCUGCAGACACAGCGGCCGCUCUUGUUUCCUCUGUUCCCGCAGACACAAAUGACUCUGGUCUACCGCCUUUUGCUCUGCCUAAUACAAGUUUUACUGGAGCUGGUCAAACCGCUGUAGAUACCUUCAACCUGGUGCCGGGAUCAUCCGCAACUUCCAAUCUCCCAGAUAAACUGUCAGCGAAACCUUCUGCAGGCACCAGCACUAACUCCGUUCCUGAUUUUUCCUCCUACUGUCCUCCAAAAGAAGAAAAUAACCUAAAAUCUAUAGGCUCAGCCAUGAAGGAGAUAAGUGAGGGACGCGUCCCGUCCAAGGAUGAACAGAAGCCUCGUGAUGUGAAUCCCCAGGCUGGGCAAUCACAGGUCCCUUCCUUGGGUGCAAGUAACUCCGUGCCCCCUCCGCCUCAUCAGCUCAUUAGAGGGAUGCAGUUUGGAUCUGGACCGCCAAGGUUUGCACCCCAUGGUCGUGGAUUUCCACCUCCUAGAUUUCAAAUGCCUGACUCCCAAGGGGCCCAGAGCUCCCCCGGUCCGCGUCCCGUGUUUGAUGGUCAGACAACCAGCAUGGCCUCCUUAGGACCGGAGAAGCCAUCUUCCAGUCAGGGUCUGAAGAGUGGGAAUCGGUUGGGUUUUGCUCCUCAGUCCAACUGGAUGAAUGCAAGUCAAGCAACAGACUGUGAAGUUAGUGAUAAUACGAAGACUGUUGAUAAAAUACCUGGUCUAUCAGAAACCGGCAUACAGAGCAGUGUCCCGCUAACCGCAAGCAGUCCCUCUCCUAGUAAAGAGUCUGUGGCACGGAGCAGGGGCGCAGUGAAGGCUGGUAGUAGUUCAGGAAAAUGGGAUCAGACCGAGCCUCCUUCAAAAGGCAACCUUGAAAAGUCAAAAGAAUCUGUAGAAACGUGUGACAGGAAGGUGGGUGCCUCCCAACACGGGCACAUAAUGGGCAAGAACCAAGGUGGUUCAGGUGUCAAGUGGGACUGGCAAAAGGAAACAGCUGGGGUGUUCACAGAGGGCAAAUGGAGCGAUCAUGAAACUCCCAUAAGAGAAGGCUGUGUUAAGCAGGGUGAUUCGGUCCCUGUUAAGUGGGGUGGCCCCGAUGUUCCCGGUUUAGGAGUAGGGGUCAGUCCACGGGGAGCACCAAAGAGUAAUUGUGGAACCUAUGAAGGUCAGCAAGAUGAUGCAAAAAGUGCUUUGCCUAAUAGGUGGGAAGUUGCUCCAGGUGACAGAUGGCCCAAGCCUCUUGUCUCCCCACAUGAAAAAUGGGUUGAUCCCGGUGAGCCCCCAAAAGGUGACCCUUGUGAUCCUAAAUCCGGUGAUAAGUGGGGCAAUUCCCAAGACCCUACUCCCGAAAGGUGGUCUGGUCCUAAAGGUCCCACUUGUGAUAGAUGGAGUGGUCCUGGUGGGCCACCCCUUGAAAGGUUGAGUGAUAAACAUUUUGAAGUGUUUGGAGGUCCUGAUGGACCACAAGGUAGAUUGGGUGGACCCCCAGGGAAUAGAUGUGGUGCCCCACCAUGGGAAAGGUUUGGGGGCUCUGCUGGACCCCCAGGUGAUAGGCCUGGAGGACCAGUUGGCCCAUGGGGCCGAACUGGAGGCCCUCAACAAGAUAGGUUUGAUGGCCCCCCACGGGAAAGGUUUGACGGCCCCCCGCGGGAAAGAUUUGGCAGUCCUGAUGGGCCCCCACAGGAAGGGUUUGAAGGUCCCCCGCGGGAAAGGUUUGGAGACCCUGAAGGGCCCAUGGGAGGUAGAUUUGGUGGCCCUGACUGUCCUCCUGGGGACAGGUUUGAUGGCCCCGAUGGCCGCUCGCAUGGCAGGUUUGGUGGUUCAUUGCAUGCCACAUUUGGGGGUCCUGAUGGAUCCCUAGAUGAGAACUUUGAUGGCCUUGAUGGACCUCCUCAUGAGAGGUUUGGCAUCUCUGAUGAUCCCCCAGGAGAUAGAUUUGGAAGUAUGGAAGGUGGCAGGUUUGGACCCCCGGGUGAAAGGUUUAAUGGGCCCCCACAUAGGUUUGGUGGGCCUACUGGGCCACCUCAUGGCAGAUUUGGCGGCCCUUGGACUCCCCGUCCGAGGUUUGGCGAGCCCCACGGCCCUCCGCGUGCCAGGUUUGGCGAGCCCCACGGCCCUCCGCGUGCCAGGUUUGGCGAGCCCCACGGCCCUCCGCGUGCCAGGUUUGGCGAGCCCCACGGCCCUCCGCGUGCCAGAUUUGGUGAGCCCCGCGGCCCCCUUUAUGACAGGUUUGGCGAGCCUCACUAUCCCCCACAUGAUAGAUUUGGAGGCUCUCAUGGCCCUAAUAAGUUUGGUGAGCCCCACUGUCCCCCACAUGAUAGCUUUGGGGGGCCUCACGGGCCUGACAACUUUGGCGAGCCCCUCGGUCCACUGGAUGAUGGCUUUGAAGGACCAGAAGGCCCUCCCGAUGACAGGUUUGCCAGUCCUAACUUUGUCCCUCGGGAUAGAAGACUACCCAGUGAGCCCAUGCCUAGUGGAGACAGGUGGGGGGGGCCACCAAAUGUAGAUGGAAAAUGGAGGCAAAGUAAUUGGGUUGGGCAUGGCGAUCCCUUGCAGAGCAAGUUGAGGGCUGCUAGUGGUGACCUAGAGAGCAGAUUUAACAAAGACAGGCAGAUAGGGCAAACUGACCCGGAAAUGGAGCCACCUGGUGUCAAAGCCCGAUACCCAGAUCCUCAGCAGACUGCAGAAAUGGCGAGGGUUAGCUACCAAAGCCAGUUCAGAAGAGGAAUUCAGAAGCCUCUGGUUCCAGAAUUCAAAACUGAUAAACCCCCCCAGGGGGCUGUCGGCCCGAAGACCUCCGCUAUUCAGUCAGUUGGGUCACAGGCCAUGGAAAGCACUGGAGCAGGGGGGAUGAAAACAACGGAACCAUCGAAGGGGGAAAAGCCAACGUCUACCUUGCCCUCCAGCGGGGGCAUGCAUCCGCCUGCAGAGUCCGCCAACGUGGCAGGAGCACAGGUAGCUGAGCCUGCUAACUUAGAAGCACCAGGUGCGGCCGGACAUGCAACGACUUCACUGCCCCCUGCUUCUGCCAAAGCCGAGGGGCAGCAGCCCCCUGCGUCUGAUAAACAAAUGAGUUCAGUCGACACAAAGGGGCUCGUAACUAAUAAGGCGUCACUUGACAACGUCACUCAUAAGGCAGAUGAGCGACAGAUGCCGGAACCUACAAAGGAAGACUCUUCUAAGGUACCUGCGUCUUCUAAAGAUAUCCAGCCAACUGCCGUGGCCAAUAAGCCAGGUACCAAAGGACUGAUUCAAGACGCCUCCAAGGUUACUCCGAUGGCUUCCAAGGACCAAGACGGUCAGAAUCAGGUCCUCAGUACAGCUGAUACUAAGAGUCAGGGCCUUGCUAAAGAUAGUAGCGCUGGAGACAAGGGCCCACAGAGCGGUAACGUGCCGAUGGCUGGCUGUUCUACAGAUAGACCUGGUACGCAGCCCGUGUCCAAAGCGCACUCUCUGUUUAAACGAGACGCUGUGAAGGGAAACCAAGUCCAUGUUCCGCAAAGACCAAGUGAAAGUCUUACAUCGAACCCAGAACUGGCAAAUGCAGGAGCCCGAGUACCAGGACCGUCUAGAUUCGGUCCUCAAGCAAAUCAAGGGAUAUGUGGUCCAAAACCCCAUGGAAAACCUAUGGAAUCGCAUGACCCAGCACAAUGGUCCAGCCAUGGACACAGAGGGGAAGAACCUGUAUGGUUUGAUCAUCGGGGGCGAGGACGUGCCAGAGGAAUGGUUCGAGAAAGGAUUCCACCUAGGCCGGGAAAUCGAGAUGUAUUGGAAAUUUUGCGUGAUAAAAACUUUGGCCCUAGGAGUCAUUUUGGAAAUGAAAGACCGUUUGAAGAGUGCUUGGAUGACGCGCCACCUUUUGUCAGAGAGGCUUUACCCAGAGAUGCAAGAUUUAUAGAAGAUGAAAGAUAUCCUUUGGAUCAUUUAGCUGAUGUGAGGAGGAGAGACGUUCCUUUGGACAGAGAGAGGCUUGAUAAUUGGGAACAAGAAAGAUAUUGGAGAGAAACAGACCACCUUAGAGAACCCCUAGACCAGAUUUCUAGGGACGACCGGUUACCUUACCACUCUACGCUGCCUCGGGACGUAGAUAUCCGGCGCGACCCUUGGCUGGAAAGAGUUCCUGACCAAGGUUUAGAAAGAACCCUUGGCGGUGCUCUGGAAAGGUCUGAAAGACCUUUUGAAAGGGAUUACCCUAGAAUGCAUGAUGAGCUAGAAUUUCUAGGCAGAGACAGGGGUUACCCUCCCCUUCAUCGAUCUGUAUCUCCUCACCGUCCACUAUCCCCUCUCCGGCCUCGCUCUCCCCUCCCGCCCGUGGACAGAUAUUUGGAUGACCGGUGGAGAGAGGAUAGGGAGGUUUUGUUAGAGCGGGACUUCCAUGAUCGUGGGGAGCUGAGGAUUCGAGAAUAUCCAGAGAGAUCGGACUUUUGGCAGGAGGGAAGAAAUUUUCCUUGUGAACAGGUUGAAUGGGAACGCAGGGACAAUAGGUGGUAUCCACCUGAAGACAGGCCGGUGGAUCAACGGCUGGGCACCCAUCCUUCCCUAGCACCGGUCUCAUCAAAUCAUCCUGGACAGCCUGAUACGGGGAUCGCUUCGGAGCCGGAGCCCACAGCCGCUCCCGCCGGCAUGUUAGCGCUGAGCCAACGGCAGCAUGAGAUCAUCCUCAAAGCCGCGCAGGAACUCAAAAUGCUCAGGGAGCAAAAAGAACAGCUGGACAAUCUGAAACACUUUUACAACGAUCCGAAACCACGUGAAGAGGCUUCGCUGCGUCCUGGGCUGCCCGGAGCCCACAAUCGUCCCUCAGAUAUUUAUCAGCUUCCUCCUGGUGCACCACUGAAAGAUGUCGGCCCGGAAGGAGACUGUUCAGGUUCCAAGGCUGUCCCCGCUGGAGCCAGCAGCCAAGCCCCCGCGUCCGAUCGCUGGGAUGAAGACAGCUUCAGUGGCUUGUGGGAGGAUGAGAGAAGAGCCAAGGUGGCUGGGGUCCUGUCUGAUUCAGGGCAACCUGGCUCUAUGGCACAUGGACCAAAGCUGCCUGGCCUGCAGCAGACUGUGGACUAUGCCCAUGGCCGAGAUCGCCCUGUCGGGAAAGUUGAACAGGUCCCGUACGGUGAGAGAGUUGUUCUUCUUCCUGAUCCGGUGCUUGAAAGAAUUGGGCAUCCGUUCCAUAAAGAUUACCUGGAUGACAAUUAUGACAUGGAUCUCCGGGACAGAGCCUCAUACUUAGAGCGACAAAGCAAUAAAAGUAUGGAUCGGCGGGAGUAUGAAAGGGAUCGAGAGCGUGAAAUGCACAGAGAUCGUGGUCCGAGUGACCAUGAGCGGGAGCGUUUUGAUAGAGACCGUCACUCUCGGGAAAGGUCUGCCUCCUACCGGGACGGCAAGGAAAGCUUGGCCAGACGCGGCUCAGACAAACUGCCCUACAAUCGCAAGUCGGAGCGGGAUCCUUACGAACUCGCGUCUCCUGCGUUUGGAGGGGAGCGUAGAAACUAUCCGGAGGAGAAGCCAUUGCUGCAUCCACCCAUGCCUGCGCCUCGACAAGAGAAGAAACCAGAGAGCAAGAAUGUAGAUGACCUUUUAAAGAAGCCCGGCCGCGAGAGCCGGCCUGAGAGGAUUGUCGUCAUCAUGAGGGGAUUGCCAGGUAGUGGAAAAACUCACGUGGCCAAACUGAUCAGGGAUAAAGAAGUGGAAUGUGGGGGUGCUGCUCCCAGAGUUCUGAGUCUUGAUGACUAUUUUAUCACUGAAGUGGAGAAAGUUGAAAAAGACCCUGACACUGGCAAGAAAGUGAAAAAAAAGGUUAUGGAGUAUGAGUACGAGGCAGAAAUGGAGGACACGUAUCGCAGCAGCAUGUUCAAAACCUUCAAGAAGACGCUCGAUGACGGCUUCUUCCCAUUCAUUAUCUUGGACAGUAUCAAUGACCGCGUGCGACACUUUGAGCAGUUCUGGAGCGCAGCAAAGACCAAAGGAUUCGAGGUCUACGUGGCAGAGAUCAGCGCGGACACCCAGAUCUGCGCUAAGAGGAAUCUCCAUGGCCGCAAGCUAAAGGAGAUCAAUAAGAUGGCAGAUAACUGGGAAACUGCCCCUCGUCACAUGAUACGCCUGGAUAUUCGCUCCUUGCUACAAGAUGCAGCCAUUGAAGAAGUGGAAAUGGAGGACUCCGAGCCCAGCGUGGAGCCGGCAGCAGAAACAAAUCCGGAGCCGUCAGAGGAGGAGGAGAGCGAUCGGGGGUACCUUCCGAAAAGCAAGUGGGAGAUGGACACGUCGGAAGCAAAGCUCGAUAAACUGGAUGGACUUAAAGUGAACAAGAAGAAGCGAGGCUGGGAAGCGGUAGGAGGACGCAUGGAGGAUUACUUGCAGCUUCCUGACGACUAUGACUCCCGGGAGUCCGAACCUGGCAGGAAAAGGGUGAGAUGGGCUGAUCUGGAGGAGAAGAAAGACGCCGACCGUAAGAGAGCCAUUGGAUUUAUCGUCGGACAGACGGACUGGGAGAAGAUCACAGACAAAAGCGGUCAGCUGGCCGAGCGUGCGCUCAACCGCACUAAAUAUAUUUAAGAUGUUCUUUUCAGGAGGUUUCCAGGCGGCAGUCCGAUGGUUCCGUGUCUCAUUUCAUGAAAGUUUUAGUUUUGUGUUCUUUUUCUGUCGUUUUCCGGUGAAGCCUGACGAGCGGCACCAGCCAGUAACAGCUCUGCUUGUAGCCUGCGCAUGUCCCCGUUUUAUACUGUAUGUUAUGUUCAUGUAGCGCGCUGUACUGAGAUGUAAACAAUUAAAAUCUUGGACACAGGAA